AUGGCAAACAUUCCUAUAAUCAUCAUUCUUUUCGUUGCAUUUUGUGUUUCGACCUUCUUCAACUUCGCCAAUGCUGUAGGAAUGACGUUCAUUGUUGUAGGUCAUGUUUACUGUGACACUUGUGGUGUUGAAUUUGAAACCACGCUCAGUCAAAGCAUUGGUGAAGCUAUAGUGAAGCUAGAAUGCAGGAACAGUAUUGAUCAAUCCUAUACCUAUCAGAGCAAAGACAUAGUCGUUGAUAAGAGGGGAAAUUAUGAAAUCGAAGUGAUGGGCGAUUAUGAGGAAUCAGAUUGCAACGUCAUCCUGGUCAGGAGUCCCAGUCAAGAUUGCAAUGAUCCCAUCGAAAAGUGGAGGAAAGCUAGGGUGGUCCUCACCACAACGGAUGGCGUUAGGGGCAAUGUGCGCUUUGCCAACACUCUUGGGUUCAAGAAAAGGACAUCUCAUCUUGGUUGUAAUAAAUUCUUAAAGAAAUGGGGUUAUUUUGAGCUUUAA